AUGCAAACGCUAAGCGCUGAGGGGCAGUACAUGAACGCGAACGGGGCCGUAAACCCGGAACGUGUGGCGAUAUUGGACGCGGGCGCUCAGUAUGGUAAAGUGAUCGACAGGAAAGUGCGAGAACUCUGCGUCGAAGCCGAUAUUCUACCGCUGGAUACGCCGGCGUUUACAAUCAAAGAGAACGGUUAUAGAGCUAUUAUUAUAUCGGGGGGGCCAAACUCGGUUUAUGCCGAAGAUGCGCCAAGAUACGAUGCUGAUAUUUUUCGAAUAGGAUUACCUGUUUUAGGAAUUUGUUAUGGAAUGCAAAUGAUGAAUAAAGAAUUUGGGGGAACCGUAAUUAGAAAAGAUACCCGAGAAGAUGGACAAUACAAUAUUGAAGUAAACCCAAAGUGUUUGUUGUUUAAAGGUUUAGAUAAAAUGCAACAAGUCUUAUUGACACACGGCGAUUCAAUCGAUAAAGUCGCAGAAAAUUUUCGUUCGAUAGCCCAAAGCACAUCGUUUUGCGCCGGAAUCUACAACGAAAAGCUUCGUUUAUACGGCGUACAAUUUCACCCCGAAGUCGAUUUAACCGCCAACGGAAAAGAAAUGUUAAAAAAUUUCCUUUUCGACGUGGUCAGUUUAACCGGAAACUACACAAUGCAAGGUCGCGAAGCCGAAUGUAUCAAGUACAUUAAAGAUACGGUUGGUUCUAAUAAAGUUUUAGUACUUGUUAGUGGUGGAGUGGAUAGCACCGUGUGCGCGGCACUUCUUCAUAAAGCCCUACGUCCGGAACAAAUAAUUGCUGUCCAUAUCGAUAACGGAUUUAUGCGAAAAAGUGAGAGUUUAAAAGUGGAACAAAGUCUAAGAAAAUUGGGGUUAAAUCUAAGAGUGAUUAACGCGGCUUGCUCGUUUUCUGGAGGCUCAACCGUCGUUCCGAUUGAUAAAACGGAAGUUAACCCACGAACUAGGUUUACGAAAAUUUUAUCCCAAACGGCCGAUCCCGAAGAAAAGCGAAAAAUAAUCGGCGAUGUUUUCGUAAGAAUUUCCGACGAAUUUUUGGCCGAAAUGAACAUAAAACCCGAAGAAGUAUUUUUGGCUCAAGGUACAUUAAGGCCGGAUUUAAUCGAAUCCGCGUCAAGUUUAGUUUCUAAUAAAGCCGAUACGAUUAAGACCCAUCACAACGAUUCGGAGUUAAUUCGAAAGUUAAGAAGCGAAGGGAGAGUCGUGGAACCGUUAAAAGAUUUUCAUAAGGAUGAGGUGAGAGUGUUGGGGAAGGAUUUGGGGCUACCUAGGGAUGUGGUGAUGCGACAUCCAUUUCCCGGACCUGGUUUAGCGAUUAGAGUUUUGUGCGCCGAAGAACCCUACAUGGAGAGGGAUUUCUCUGAGACCCAAGUUUUGGUUAAAAUCAUCGUGGAGUUCGAUCAAAUGUUACAAAAGAAACACGCUUUGUUGAAUAGGGUUGAAGGAGUCAUCACUGAAGAUGAAAAAGUAAUCUUAAAAAGAAUAUCGAGUAAACAAAAAUUAGUUGCAACGUUACUUCCGAUUAGAAGUGUUGGCGUUCAAGGUGAUUGCCGCUCGUACAGUUACGUGGUGGGGAUUUCGAGUGAUAAAGAUCCCGAUUGGAUGGACAUGGUUUUUCUCGCGGGAUUGAUCCCGCGAAUCUGUAGAAAUGUAAAUCGCGUCUGCUAUAUAUUCGGCGGACUCGUUAAAGAGAUCAUUCCGGAUCUCACGCCCACGUACUUGACGAAUAACGUCAUUAGCACCCUAAGACAAUGUGAUGAUGUAGCUACUUCAGUCUUAAUUAAUUCGGGUCAUUUAGAGUCAAUAAGCCAAAUGCCAGUAGUGAUGUUACCCGUUCAUUUUGAUAGGGAUCAGGCUCUCCGGAUACCAUCAUGUCAACGUUCUGUAGUGUUACGACCGUUUUGUACACAAGAUUUUAUGACGGGGGUUCCAGCUAUACCCGGAAAACAUUUACCUGUUGAUGUUAUACAAAGAAUGGUAGUAGAGGUGCUUCAAGUACCAGGUAUAUCACGUGUUUUAUACGAUUUGACGUCAAAACCACCUGGGACGACAGAAUGGGAAUGAUGAUUAUCCCUUCAAUUAGGAAAACAUUAAAAAAGCGGUUUCUCCUAUUACUACCCCAAAAAAAUACUUAUUUUCUUUUUACUUAUACCUCGAAUGAGUUGUUGUUAAAUUAAUUUGAUGUUGA